AUGGAGUACCUGGGGGACAAGCUCACGGCGGCCCAGGGCCACAUGAGCCAGUGGGUGGGCACCGUGCGGCGGUCCUUCCAGGAGGCCCUGACGCUGGUGGGCGCGGCGGGCGGGGCCGAGGCGGCGGCCCGGGCCCCCCUGAAGCGCACCGCGUCCCUCCGGCACCUGGCCUCCCGCGGCCGCGACUCCCUGCGCCGCUUCUCCGCGCGCAGCCAGCAGCGCUUCUCGUCCCUGCGCAAGAGGCAGCCGGACCCCCAGACGCCCCCGGACGCCGACCAGCUGAAGCAGUGCUUCUCCCGGCGGGUGCCCGAGGCCAAGGACACCGACACCCUCGUGCAGGAGGCCGACAGCCAGUAUGGGACGUGGACGGGCCAGCGGCAGAGCGGGGACAGCCCGGCGCCCGAGUCCCCCUCUCCAGACGGCAGCUCCGCGUCAGCGCGCAAACAGCCCCCCAGCAGCCGCCUGUCCUCGCCGUCCACCCCAUCGGAGCCCCCCUCGGCUGGGGACAGCGCCCGGGAGCAGUGGAGCGCCAGCGUGGACCGCUCGAGCGCCGAGCUGGACUCCCCAGACAGCACAGAGGCGCCGCCCACGCCGGACGCCCACGCAGCCAAGGCCACCGACGACGACUUCGCCUUCAUCGAUCAAACCUCAGUCCUGGACUCGAGCGCACUCAAGACCCGGGUCCAGCUGAGCAAGAGAAGCCGCCGGCGUGCGCCCACCUUGCAGUCCAGCCGCCGCAGCCGCCUGGGCCGUGCCCACACGCUGGAGCCCUGGGAGGAGGCGGCCGACAGCGUCUGGAUGUUCAAGGACUCCACGGAAGAGAAGCCGCCCCCGAGAGAAGAGUCGGAGGAGGAGGAGAAGCCGCCCCGGGCCGAGAGGACGCCUGGGGGACACGCGCAGAGGACGCCGGCCUUCCCCGGGGUGGACCCUGCCGUGCUGAAGGCUCAGCUGCAAAAGAGGCCAGAGGCGGACAGCCCCGGUGACCCCUCCAGCUGGACCCCGCAGCCCAAGACCCCCAAGUCUCCCUUCCAGCCUGGGGUCCUGGGCAGUCGUGUGCUGCCUCCCAGCAUGGAGAAGGACGAGAGAUCCGACGUGGCCUCUCCCCUGUGGCUGACGGAGCUGAGGUCCAAGAAGAGGCAAAGUCUGUACGAGAAUCAAGCCUGAGCAGGAGCACUGCCAUGUCCAGUCAACAGAAGCCUUAACUGUCAGAACGGAAGACGCGGUCGCGCCCUCCCGCACUGCGGCACCCACCCGGGGCCCCUCCCAGGCGGUGGG